CAGGGCUUCGUCACCGUGACAUGUUGAAGGACGUAUUGAUUAGCGGGAGGUCGCGCGUCCUCCGAAUCGGCGCCAUUUUAGACUUGGAUUCUGUAGUUGUGGGUACUGCUGACAUGUUCUCCCCUGCUGUGCUGAGUGUCGCUGCGGCAAACCCGUUCAGUUCGCCCCGCUUCCAGCUCUUCACAGACUCCGCUGCCGUUCAUAGGGCCCAGGCUUCCGAGGCACAGGACCUCACAGCAGCUCCCACUCGCCGCCUCCUCGCUACCGCCUCCGCUCAAGAGCAGGAAGAAUAUAGCUGUGAAUAUGGCUCUGCUCGCUUCUAUGCCCUAUGCGGCCUGGGUGGGAUCAUCAGCUGCGGUACAACACACACGGCCGUGGUGCCCUUGGAUCUGGUGAAAUGCAGGAUUCAGGUGGAUCCUGGAAAAUACCAGAGCAUCUUCAAAGGGUUUUCAGUCACUGUAAAAGAAGAUGGUAUUCGUGGUCUGGGAAAAGGAUGGGCUCCAACCUUCAUUGGCUAUUCAAUGCAAGGGCUAUGCAAAUUUGGUUUCUAUGAAGUUUUCAAGAACUUUUACAGUCAGUUACUGGGUGAGGAAAAUACGUACCUCUGGCGCACAUCUCUCUAUCUUGCUGCAUCUGCCAGUGCUGAAUUCUUUGCUGAUAUUGCACUUGCUCCAAUGGAGGCUUGUAAGGUCCGAAUUCAGACCCAACCUGGUUAUGCAAACACUCUGAGAGAAGCUUUUCCUAAAAUGCAUGCUGAAGAAGGCCUUUGGGCAUUCUACAAAGGUGUUGCCCCUCUGUGGAUGAGACAGAUUCCCUACACAAUGAUGAAGUUCGCUUGCUUUGAGCGCACAGUUGAAGCACUGUACAGAUAUGUGGUUCCCAAACCUCGUGCCGAUUGUACCAAAGCUGAGCAGCUGGUGGUGACUUUUGUCGCUGGUUAUAUUGCUGGUGUAUUUUGCGCUAUUGUGUCUCACCCUGCUGAUUCUGUGGUGUCAGUGCUGAACAAGGAAAAGGGUAGCUCUGCAUUACAGGUUCUGAAAAGGCUUGGACCUUUAGGAGUGUGGAAGGGGCUCUUUGCUCGUAUUAUCAUGAUCGGCACUCUGACUGCCUUGCAGUGGUUUAUCUAUGACUCUGUGAAGGUGUACUUCAGGCUUCCUCGCCCACCUCCCCCGGAGAUGCCAGAGUCACUGAAGAAGAAGCUUGGGUUAAAGUAAAAUUACAUGGACUUGAUUUGUUAACCCUGGCUCAGUCAGAUAAUGUCAAUUCAUAAGACAUGUAAAAAAAGCUAUUUAAUACUGAAAGUAUCAUGUCUGUAAUGCCAUGUUGAUGAACCAUGGCAGAGUACAGUCUAUUCAUCAACUCUAAUUCUGAAUAAAGAACAGUGACCCAAGUUUUAGAUGUGUAAUUUAUAAUUGGUUUAUCUGAAGAGUCUAUUUCAUGAGUAUCUAAACAUAGUUGAGUUUAAAACAAAUCAUUUCAUUCUUGAAAUUCACUACUGGUGAAGAGCUAAACACCUUUACUGCUGUUUGUUUCACCACAUCUUAUCACUGAUCAAAUACAAAAUGUUUAAAGCUUUUUAUAGAUGUUAGCAAUUGCACCUAAAUUAUUUGAGUUUGUAAAUUUGAAUGCUAGUGGUUGGAGACUUGUUUGGGACAGUUUUUAAAGAAAACACAUGCUCCUUAGAUCCACCUUUGGGAUGUAUCUGUUCUGCCUUGCUGGUAGAUCUCUGCACCCUGGUGUUGGGUUCUCCAGUGGGCUGGCAGGUGACAUUCAUCAACUUGUGGUUGUACAGUCAAAGGUACUUGAGUCAUUGGCAUGUAGCCCCUCAGUUCUGAUGUGAACAACCUGUUACUCCAGGGUGUUGCUGCCGUCAGAACUUUGCUGCUAUGUGGACACGUUUAUCAAAAUCCAUCUGGUUUAAAUAUUGCAAUGAAGUGUGAUGUUCGCAAGCUAUUCUGGCUGCUUAGUGACCCCAUGACAAUUGCUGGUUGUGCUAACUCACCAUUUUGAUAGAAGUGCUGGCAUCAGAAAAUGCCUGCAUAAGACCUUGAUUGAUAAAAUGGCUGUAACAUUGCAAUUACCUGUAAUGUUUUUACAUUGGCCAGUUCAGUGUUAAAUGUUUUAACCUGACUGACAUUAAACUUGAACCAAGACACUCCUUUGUAUAUGUUAGGACUAUUGUUUGUUCCACUCUGGUUAUUUGGGUCAGUAAGCAUUAAAGAAUAUUUGCAACAAUCAA